AUGCUCAAUUUCCUUACUUCAUACAAAGGAUUAUCUUCUUUGAUUCGUGGACGUACAAAACGAAAAGAGAAGUCGAGUUGUGUUAUAAGUUCUGAUGGGAACGGUGAUAGUGAUCUGUUUGAAGUAUCACCAGAAUUUCUUGUCUCUUCUUCUCAUCCGAUCAUCUCAAAUAUGACAUGUCAACCCAUAUCACCUCCAAAUCAAUCCAACUCAAUCGGUUCAAAGCCUUUGACCAAAGCUGAUAGUUUAAGGUCAAACACCUCAGUCUUGUCUAAGGAUACACGUUCGACACUUCGACAUAUUUAUCAACAAUGGGAUCACGAGAAAGAGUUUGAGAAAUUGAUUGAUGAUGAUGCUGAUGAUGAUGAAAAUGAGGAAUUAGCAUCAGUGGAUGCAAGGUUAGAAACUGAUAGCGAAUUCGAUUUCGAUAGUCAUUAUAAAUCGAUUUAUAUCAAAAAGAUCAAACCUCAAGAAACCCUUUCUGAUUCAACUCUGUGUACUGUUGAUUCAAGUUUAUUAAACUACCCAGAAAAAUUUCAAUCAGAUAAUCUUAGAAAAAGUUCGAUUGAAAGUUUAGAAGAUCAAAGUUUAAGUACUUUAGCAGACGAUGAACUUCCAAUCCAAAAGGCCGUCAAGAUUGAAAACUUUUAUCAAAACCAAAACUUAUUAUUUUAUGAUCAUGAUGAUGAUCAAUCUACGAAUUUACAACCAUUCCCAUUCACAUUUCCUAAAACUGUCUCGAAGACAAACUCAACAAACUCAUUCAGACAAUCCAAUAACAAAAGACAAAUUAAAAGAGUUAAGUCUAGAUUAGAUUUAAAAACUAUAGAAGUGAUGGAUACCAAUCGUUCAAAACCAAUGACAACUACAACCAAAGAGAAAGCAAGUUAUUAUCGAAAAAGAAGAUCAGGUAUGAUUGGAGGUUAUCAUCAUCUUACUGAAUUUAAUCAAAAAUUAAAUGUAAUCUCGAUUAUCAAGAAAACAAGUCAACCGAUUCUAAAACUAAAAUUAAGUAUAAGUUCAUUAAAUGGUACUUUACCCACAAGUAUUGCAAGCGAAUGUGGAAUGUAUGCAAGUAAUUUUAUUGAAGUUUUAGAAUAUGACAAGAAAAGAGUUCAUGAGAUCCAAUUUAAUCAACAAGAAGAAUCAAAUCAAAUCAACCGAUUAGAAACUCUAGAUUGUAGAACUGAUUCUUAUAAUCUAACUCUUAGUCCUGGAACAAGUAUCACAUCAGCUACUCCGAUCUACAAGCAACCAAAAAGAGUUCAUUUUCUCGAACCGAUUGCUACUUUUGAUCAUCAAGAACCAGUUCCAUGCUCACCUCCUACACCUAAAAAUCGUUUCUUGAGCUUACCUCUUGUUCCUUCCCUCACUUCUUACUGUCAACGCAAAAAAGAAGAUUGGUCGUCAAAACGAAAAAGUCAAUACCUUAAUAUAUCAACUCCUUAA